AUGAAGGCCUCCGCCAUUGUCUCGAUCGUCGCAGCCCUGUGUGCUACAGUCUCUGCCCUGCCGAGCAGCGUCCAGGACAAGCGUAGCGUUGGUGACCGUGCCACCGGCAGCGCCCUCGAUGCUCGCGCUACGGGACCUACCUGGGGACCGGAUCUUGCCAUGUACUUCAUCUCGAGCACAAAGAAAGGCACACCCAUCGACGUGGAGUCCGAGCCUUACAUUGCUUACUUUCAUGCAAAUAUCAACCAUCAUGACAACAGUAUGACCAUCUUCCAUCCGAUGCUUGGCAUUACCGCCAAAUGGGAGUCCUCAAACGCUUCAAAGGACGGCAAAGUGAUCGAAAAUUGCUAUACAAUCACCGGAGGUGGAGAGUAUCAGCCCCUUAAUCCUGGCGACAGCGUCGUCAUCUGCUUCCGCUUCCGGCGCUGGUCGGUUCAGUUCUCAAGCUGGUUUCUCAAGUCGACCAACGUGCACGACUCUGAUGGCUUCAGCGUCACGAUUGAGCAGUCCCAGCUUACCAUGAAUGGCGACAAGCUCAAGCAAGAUUUCGGACCUCUUGCCUAG